UUUGGCACCCUAUCCUCAUUGGGAAGCUAGCAGACUGCGGAGUGGAUGCCUACACAGUCAGAGAUGAGCAGCUACUGUGUGACUCUGGCUGAGGUCCUGCAGGCAAAGGGAUGUGCUCUGGAGGAACAGGACAUAUGGGCACUCUUACUCCUGGCCACAGAGCAGCUUCUUAAGGACCUCCACAAAGAUCAUAUUAUCUCAGUAAUUUGCCCAGGGUCAGUGUUGCUGUCAGCUGGAGGAGGUUUGUCUUUCCAAGACAAUGCAUCUCACUCAGAGAUUGCCCUAUUCUGCGCACCAGAAUUGCUCCAUAAAACCAAGCAUGUUGGAAUAACACAGGUGCUGCUAUAUUCAUUAGGAAUGACCCUCUACUGGGCAGCUGAUUAUCAGAUUCCCCCAAGCCAGUCCCUUCAGAUGAGCAAUCAGUUGCAUAACCUUCUGCUGACAUUGUGUGAAGAUCAGCCACAUAGAAGACUUUCCCCAGAAUCCAUUUUGGAGGCCUGCAUAGAACAUCAAAAGGAAUCAUCCUCUUCUCCAGCAGCCAUUUACAUAAAGGGACUGGUCAGACUUGUACUGGGAAGCAUCACUGAGGUGGAACAGGCAGUUACUGAAGACAGCAGAGCUAUUCAGCUUAAAAGGAGUCAUGUGAUAAGAAAAAGACUACACAAGAAAACAUCUGAAAGCAUCUCAGCUCUGCCCCCUCAGCUGAAUUUUCAUCAAGGCUCCAGGUUAAUGAAUUGUAGUCGGUCUGCAGAGGAUUACAGACAACUUGUUGUGGAUUAUAGUGACUUGAACGGGAUUUCAGAAAGUACUUCUUUGAUAUUAUCUAACCGGGGACUGAGAAGAGGCAGACCUCUACCAGCACAGAGGUCAUGGGACCCAUGCUUGAAUGGUUUGAGGACACAAAGUGGCUACAAACUCUUCAAUAACAGAUCGGCCAGUGCUAUGGAUGAAAAGCCUACCAGUACUCAGAAGAAUAGCAAGCACAACCUGAUAAAUUUAGAUUCUACCUUCUCUGUGUCUGCAAAGGACUCCUCAGCAGCUGCUGCAUCUCAGAGAUGUUUGUUCAAAAGAAAAUAUAAGUUUUCAGGUCCAGAAUUUAUCAUUCUCUCCAGGGAACCACCAGUGACCUUGCAUCUACCUGGAUCAAUUGUGACUAAGAAGGGAAAAUCCUAUAUGUCUCAAAGGGAUCUCAGCAUCAUUCUGCUCAAUGGGCAGUGCCUAGAGGUCAAAUGUGACAUCAAGUCUAAGGCAAGAGAUAUCUUCAGUAUGGUCAUGGCAUAUACAAAUCUACCGGAACACUUCUACUUCGGCUUAGCUUACUUGAAAGGUAAAGAGUUUUUCUUUCUGGAUGAUGAGACCAAGAUCUACAAAACGGCUCCAGAAGGCUGGAAUGACCAACCCAAGAGAAAAACUUCUAUCAUUAACUUCACUCUCUUUCUGAGGAUAAAAUUCUUUGUCAGCCACUUUAGUGUUAUCCAGCACAGUCUGACACAGCAUCAGUUCUACCUGCAGCUUCGUAAAGAUAUUCUGGAUGAGCGAUUGUACUGCAAUGAUGAGAUUAUCCUGCAGCUAGGUGCUUUAGCAUUACAGGCAGAAUUUGGAAAUUAUUCUCCUGAGAUGCAUGGGAAGAACUAUUUUCGUGCAGAAGACUACAUCCCUGCAAGCCGAAUAGAGAAAAUGACCCUGGUGUAUGUACAGCGAGAACUUGCUAAACUGCAUCAUAUGACCUGCUCCCUCUUUGAAGAUGAAGCUGAACUAGAGUUUCUAAGGGUGACUCAGCAGCUCCCUGAAUAUGGCGUGCUAUUCCAUCAUGUGUUCCAAGAGAAGAAGGCAGCAGGAGUUGAUACUGUCCUGGGAAUCUGUGCCAAAGGCAUCAUUGUGUAUGAUGUGAAAAACCACACAAGAAUUGCCGUCUUAAGGUUCCAGUGGCAGGAAAUGGAGAGGAUUUCAGCUCAUAGAAAAAAGUUCAUGAUUGAAAGCAGUUUCAAAAAACACAAGUUCAUCACUGACACGGCAAAGACCUGUAAAUAUUUGCUGCACCUCUGCUCUGCUCAGCACAAAUUUAAUGCACGGAUGAGUUCCUUUCAUCUUCGGCAAGCUUCAUCAGAAAGCAAAUUUUUGGAAACAGAUCAAAUGAAUGCCACAUAUGCAGUUCAACAUGAACACUUUGUCUUGUCUCAAAGAAUGUCUCAUUCAGAAAAUUUGCUGUGCAGGACUGAUUUGGAAAAUGCAGAUGCUGGGAUGAUGAGUAGGUCUUGUGAUAGCAUCAGUGUGGAAACCAACAAUGUGGUUGGAGACAAAAGCAACCUAGGCAGCUCACCAUCAGGAUUGUCCCAGACAGAAGUGCACAUUAAUUUAAAUGAAAACCAAAGAAGUUAUGACUAUCUCUCUAUCCGCUCAAAUCAGAAUAUAGCCAGCCCAUCAUGUUCACCAGUUAGCCAAAAGGAGAUUGUGUUAAGUGGACUGGAAAGAGAAAUUAUUUGUGUCCAUUUAAAACGUGAUUCUCAAAAUGGCUUUGGUUUCGUAAUUAUUGGAGGAGAAAAUGUGGGGAAAUUAGACCUUGGAAUCUUUAUUGCUUCAGUUAUUCCCGGAGGACCUGCAGACAGAGCUGGGCACAUCAAACCAGGUGGAAGACUCAUAUCUGUGAAUAAUAUUAGUCUUGAGGGUGUUUCUUUUAAUACUGCAGUUAAAAUUAUACAGAGUGCUCCUGAUGAAGUGGAACUGAUCAUCUCUCAACCAAAAGACAUGUAUGAGGAAGGAAUAAAGGAAGAGAAAAAUCUGUCAAGAAAAAGCAGCACCAGUGAGUCUGAGAAAACUUGCAUAGACAGUGGGAGAAAAAGAAUACAAGGCUGCCAUACAGGACCCUCCAAGGAAAAAGACAUAAAUAUAGAUGAACUUGAAAAGGUUCUUUCUUGGAGUUUGGCACCAGAAUUGGUUAACAAGAUUUCUGUUCUUUCAGUUGACCACAUGGAUGUGGAGGAAACUGACUCCUUUCACUCAAUGCCUCCCGCUGAAGUCAAUUCAAAUGGAAUCUACACCGUGGAGCUGGUUAAAGAUGACGGGACUUUGGGAAUCAGUGUGACUGGUGGAAUUAACACUAGUGUGCGUCAUGGUGGGAUAUAUGUGAAGUCGCUUAUCCCUAAAGGACCAGCUGAUAAGGAUGGACAAAUAAAAAUAGGUGAUCGCUUGCUAGAAGUGGAUGGGAUCAGCUUAUGUGGCAUUACACACAAGCAGGCUGUGGAAUAUCUUAAGAAAGCUGGCCAGGUUGCAAAGCUGGUUCUAGAAAGGGGCCAUCAUGAUUUAGCAGAGAGAUGCCCAGCAGCUAAUGACAGAAAGGAAGGAAAAUGUCCAGUCACCUUCUUGGCUGCUUCCUCAUCAGAUGAUCCUAAGGGCUACCCGUUUGCAACAGAUGAUAAUACAUUUGAAGUCAAACUGAUAAAGAAUUCUGGAGGCCUUGGCUUCAGUUUUCUGCAGAUGAAAAGAGACGCUUGCAAACACCUUGGAGGAAAUAUUGUGAGGAUCAAAAGACUCUUUCCUGGGCAGCCAGCUGAAGAGAAUGGAGAAAUUGAAGCUGGAGAUGUCAUUUUAGCUGUGAAUGGGAAACCUAUUCAAGGACUCUCAUAUCAGGAUGUCCUCCACUUGCUAAGAGGUGCUCCUCCAGAAGUCACACUUCUUCUCUGCAGACCACCUAAAGGUGAUCUACCAGAAAUAGACCAGAGUGCAUUGACUCCAGCACCUUCUCCAGUUAAGGGGCUUGUGGCAGUGACAUUGGCCAGUCCAGAUGCUACUAACAGUUUGAGUCAAUCUGCUAGAGAGGCUGAUUGUACCUUGCCAGAAUGUCAAGACAGCCAGGAUUUUCCAGCUGUGGCUUCUUGCAGUAAACUCCCUGAAGAAGAAAGCCCACCACAUGAGAAGCAGAAGAUAGGAGCCCCACAUGAGAAGCCUCUGGACAAAUCAGCAGCCCAGGGCACAUGUUCCUACCAGCAUCUCUGGAAAUCCUACCAGGAAAAUAUCCCUACUGAGGCUUUUCGCUCUCUGGAGGAAGAGGUGAGGCAGAAUUGCUACUCACCAUGUGAAUUUGGAAGGGCUGAAAGCCCUGUGUUUGACAGGAGUGAUGGUGACCUAUUGAGCAUGUAUUGCAUACCUGAAAUUCUCUCUCUUGCCCCUGUUGACGAGGAAUAUCUCGCCAUCAGCUCAACAUCUCCGACCUCGCUCUCAUGUGGUGGAAGUUCUGAAACAGCUUCUCCAGCUAUAGCCGCCCCGCAACCCUGGGCACCUAGCAGACUCUCAGUCUCCUCGCCUACUAGAAAACCAAGCAACAGUGACAAUGAAUGGGAGGAUGUAGAUGAAUUGGAGGGAGAAGAGGAGGAGGAAGACUAUACUUGGGAAACUGAGAUCUCUGUGACUUUGACAAGGUCUGAGAACAAUGGUUUUGGAUUCACAGUGGUUCUUAAUAAACUGGACAACUGCCUGUAUGUUGAUGAGAUCCGGAAUGAUCCUGCCUUGUCUGAUGGAAGGCUGAGAAGAGGAGACAGAAUCAUUAUGGUGAAUGGAGUUGAUGUCACAGUGUUACCAUGCCAUGAAGCCCUGAAACUGCUACAGAGCUGUCCUUGCAAUCUGAGCCUGGUGGUUGGACGGGGUAACAAUGACCUCUAUCCCUCUGUCACAGUGGAUGAUAUUCCUGAAAUUAUACUCACAAAAGGUGACAAUGGACAGUUAGGUUUGAAGUUGACAGGAGGAGCUAGAAGCAAAUUACAUGGUAUCUAUGUUCUUGAGAUAGUACCUGGUUCUCCUGCCAGUAUAGAAGGCAGUUUGCAACCACACGACCAGAUUCUCUACAUCUGUGGGUUACGGACUGAGGGCAUCAACCUGGACGAAGCUAUAAGGGCAAUUGAAGCUGCAAGCCAGUAUGUCCAGAUCAAAGCAAUAAGAAAUGGCAAUCCAGUGGUUCCCAUAGAGCAGCAAAAUACCAAACACUCAGAGGAAGAUAGUUGCAGUGCUGAACAAAGUACAUUUGAAUUAGCAAAUGCCCAGAACGGUAUAAUCAAUAUUGAGUUGGAGAAAACAGCAAAUGGGAACCUAGGAUUUGCCCUGAUAGGGGGCAGAAAUGGUGGUGCUCUCCUAAUAAAGGCCAUCAGCCCAGGCAGUAUCACUGAUCUUGAUGGGAGGCUUCAAGUUGGUGACAUCUUGCUAAAGGUGAAUAGGACAUUGGUGUCUGGUCUGCCGCGCUGUAUGGUGGUAGAUCUUCUACGCCAGGCUCAAGGAAUUGUUCGGCUCACCGUCUGUCGAAGCACAGCUUUGCACCGGGCUUCUUCAGGCAGCCAGAGCAAUACAUCUUCCCCCCUGAGCACAGCAGCACAGUCAGAUGAGUGUGGUGGCGAGCGAGGCCUUGGAGACCAGCCCAACUUCACUGUCAAAGGAGAGGAAGAGCAAUCCAGUCAGAUGUGCAGCAAGGAUUCAGAAAGCAAAUGUAGUCCCCCCCUGCAAGAUUAUUCAGCAGAACAAGUUUAUCAGGAUGUUACCAAUGUUGCUGCAGGCAGAUCCCAGAUAUACACUGGGCAUGAAAGCAGCUUUAGGAGAAACAGCCAGGAGUCUGACUCAGACAGCUGGAACAGUGAAGAUGAUGCGUCUCGGCGGAUUUCCAAUUUACCUAGAGGUAGCAUCCUUGUGUCUGAAGAUGAACUGACUGAGUUGACUUAUAUUAAGCCAGUGCCAACUGGGGUAGGUCUGAGGACUGGCAUGAAAAAUCUGAUUCGAGCCCUUCAGCAGCAGAUUGAGAAGCAGGACAUCUUAAAGGAAUUUUUGGCUCUAGAACACAUGAAACCACUUGAUGACUGCAAAGUUGGUAAAGCACCAGAAAACAGAGAGAAAAACAGAUACCGAGAUAUCCUUCCAUAUGAUGAGACACGAGUACCUCUGGGAGAAAACAAGGCUUAUAUUAAUGCAAGUUACAUCAGAAUUCCUGUUGGACAAGAGGAGCAUUUCUAUAUUAUAACCCAAGGUCCUCUGCCUUCCACCACAGCUGAUUUCUGGCAGAUGGUUUGGGAGAACCAAUCAGAUGUGAUUGCCAUGAUGACAAAAGAAGUGGAACUUGGAAAAAUCAAAUGUCAUCAAUACUGGCCUGAACCUCCAUGUGUUUCUGUGGACCUGGCUCAAUUCCACCUGAGGCUGGACAAUUACCAGAUCCUAGAUUAUUUUAUAAUUAGAAUAAUAGAACUGAUUAAUAAACAGACAGAAGAAAAACGGUUUAUAAAACAUUUACAGUUUACCACCUGGCCAGACCAUGGCACUCCUAAACUAGCAGAACAGCUGGUAAAAUUCAUUUGUUACAUGAAAAAAGUUCAUCAGACAGGACCUAUAGUUGCUCACUGCAGUGCUGGGAUUGGAAGAAGUGGGGUUCUACUAUGUGUAGAUAUUUUGCUGAGCUACAUAGAGAAAGAUCUGUGUUUCAACAUCAAACAGAUAGUGAGAGAGCUGCGACAUCAGCGCUUUGGCAUGAUUCAAACAAAGGAUCAGUAUCUAUUCUGUUAUGAAGUUGUGCUCAAAGUCCUGCAGAACAUUCAAGCCAUGGAUUCCCAUCAACUGCAAUAAGUACCCCUGCCAUAGCUGUUCAUCUUGGAGUCCCUGCAUUACUUCAUUCUAAAAGGCUGUUAAGCCAGCACAGAGAGGCGCUGUACUGAAUAUAUUAUACACCGUCUUACUUUCUACACUAUUAGAUUAUGAUAUUUGAAGCAUUUCUAAAUCAGCAUAAUGUGAGCUAAAUGUCACAUAGAUUUUGGCUCUAUAUAUUGAAAAAUUCUCAGCAUCACGAUGCCACUAUCGGGUUAUCACAGACAGUAAUUCGGAUGCUCUGCUUUGCAGCAUAUUGGUGGCUAGAACAACAAUGUUGACUAGUGGCAAAGAGAUGACACACCUUAUGAAGGAC